ACAUUCUUAAUCCCUAUAAAAGCCACCCCAUUCCAACACCAUUCAUAUAACAAUUACUAAUCACCAAAGCAACUUUACUUUAUAGAAAAAUGAAGCUAUUAGUUUUAUUCUCCCUCUUACUCCUUAUACCUUUUUCCUCCUUAUAUUCAACCACAUUAGCCCAAGCACCUGCUGCAGCUCCAUCUAAACCAAUUGUCUCAACACUAUCCCAGUCACCCUCUUCAGACACCUCUGAUUCUUCUCCUGAUGACCUCAUCGGAAUAUUGAGGAAGGCUAAAUCAUUUAACAUCCUAAUUCGCCUGAUGAAAACCACCCAAUUGAUCAACCAACUCAAUGCUCAGCUCAUAACCAUAAAAUCAGGUGGUUUAACCAUCUUUGCCCCAGAUGACAGUAGCUUUUCACAUCUCAAAGUAGGGUUCCUGAACUCUCUUGCCGACAAUCAAAAGAUAGAACUUCUGCAGUUCCAUGUUCUUCCCACUUAUGUUUCAAGCUCAAACUUUGAUUCUUUGAGCAACCCUGUGAGAACACUAGCUGGGGAUAACCCUACCAGGUUGCAACUAAACGUGACAGCUUAUGGCAACAAUGUUAAUAUCUCAACAGGAGUGGUCAAUGCCACGGUCACAGGAGUUAUAUACUCAGAUAAGGUGCUUGCUAUAUAUCAUGUGGACAAGGUGCUUCUUCCUUUGGACUUCUUCAAGCCUAAGCCACCAGCUCCUGCACCCUCUCCAGAAAUAGCACCAAAAACUGAUAAUGAUAACUCAUCUGCUGCUGAUAAUCUUGGAACAUCCAAGGACAGUUCUGGUGCAUUCAGUUUGAUGAGUUCUCCAGGAACAACGUUGGUGUCCCUCGGAGUUUCUUUAGUUGCAUUGGUGAUUAUUUCAAGUUGAAGGCUGGACCAGACCAGACAAUCUAUUUGAUGAUUUUGAAUUUAUGUUCUUUCUCUGAGCUGCAUAGCCUUUGAGGGACAUGUGAGCUGCGAAGGAUUGAGUUGUUUAGAUGUGUUUCUUUUGAUGCAAUUAAGAUUGUUUUGUGUGAAUUUUGAUGCAACUAAAACAACCAAAAUUUUCAUCUCCAACUACAUGGAGUUAUAUUGAUACA